AGCUCAACUUUUGGGCCCGCCUCUUUUCUGGGAGUGGGAGUUCGCUCCAAACUUUGUUUAUGGGACAGUCCGGGAGCCGCGGCGGCCGCGCUGUCUGCUUCUCCUCCGCCUCCUUCUCGCGGAGCACGAACGCCUGAGGCCAGUUCGGGGGAUGUGAGAGCCGAAGCCCCUCGGCUGCCAGGCACCAAGUCGGGAUUUGCCAGCCGGGCCCCGGCUACAGCCCUGCGAGCUCGGGACGCACCGAGCGACUGAGGCCCGACGGCGAGUUCGGGCGGGACGGCGGCCGCCGCACGCCCAGACUCGGCUUCGCUGCGCGCCCAGAAGAUGAAUCCGGCCUCGGUGCCCCCCCCGCUCCCGCCACCCGGGCAGCAAGUGAUCCACGUCACGCAGGACCUAGACACGGACCUCGAAGCCCUCUUCAACUCGGUCAUGAACCCCAAGCCCAGCUCGUGGCGGAAGAAGAUCCUGCCCGAGUCAUUCUUCAAGGAGCCUGACUCUGGCUCUCACUCGCGCCAGUCGAGCACCGACUCGUCUGGCGGCCACCCCGGGCCCCGGCUGGCCAGCGGCGCCCAGCACGUCCGCUCGCACUCGUCGCCCGCGUCCCUGCAGCUGGGCACCGGCGCGGGUGCUGCAGGCAGUCCAGCGCAGCAGCAUGCGCACCUCCGCCAGCAGUCUUACGAUGUGACCGACGAGCUGCCGCUGCCCCCGGGCUGGGAGAUGACCUUCACGGCCACUGGCCAGAGGUACUUCCUCAAUCACAUAGAAAAAAUCACCACAUGGCAAGACCCUAGGAAGGCGAUGAAUCAGCCUCUGAAUCCUAUGAACCUCCACCCUGCGGCCACUUCCACCCCAGCACCCCAGAGGUCCAUGGCCGUGUCUCAGCCGAAUCUCGUGAUGAAUCACCAGCACCAGCAGCAAAUGGCACCCACUACCCUGAGCCAGCAGAACCACCCUACUCAGAACCCCCCAGCAGGGCUCAUGAGCAUGCCCAAUGCUCUGACCACUCAGCAGCAGCAGCAGCAGAAGCUCCGGCUUCAGAGGAUCCAGAUGGAGAGAGAAAGGAUCAGAAUGCGCCAAGAGGAGCUCAUGAGGCAGGAAGCCGCCCUCUGUAGACAGCUCCCCAUGGAAGCUGAGACUCUGGCCACCGUUCAGGCUGCUGUCAACCCGCCAGCCAUGACCCCAGACAUGAGAUCCAUCACUAAUAAUAGCUCUGAUCCUUUCCUCAAUGGAGGGCCCUAUCAUUCGAGGGAGCAGAGCACGGACAGCGGCCUGGGGUUAGGCUGCUACAGUGUCCCGACGACUCCGGAGGACUUCCUCAGCAACGUGGACGAGAUGGACACAGGGGAAAACGCAGGACAGACACCCAUGAACAUCAAUCCUCAGCAGACCCGCUUCCCUGAUUUUCUUGAUUGUCUCCCGGGAACAAAUGUUGACCUAGGAACUUUGGAGUCUGAAGAUCUGAUCCCCCUCUUCAAUGAUGUAGAGUCUGCGCUGAACAAAAGCGAGCCCUUUCUAACCUGGCUGUAAUUACUACCAUUGUAACUUGGAUGAGCCAAUGAUCUGACAUUUCCUGGGCCUCUUGGCAAAAAACAAUGGAGCAGAGUCAGUCUGCAGGUGUACCACAUUCUGCCUCCAUGACUCCAUGCUCCCUCCUUCCCAUGCGGCCAGUUUCAUCAUUGCCUGGAUUCGAUUGACAGUAACUUAAGUCAAACAGAUAAAUGCUCUAUUUUCAGUUUCUGCAGGCCUGCAUUCCCGUGAUUUGCUAUGCAGCGUUCUUCUGCAGAACUGAGGAUGCAGAAUUGCUUCUCUAUUUUUCUCUCUGCUGCCCCAUGACUAAGCUUGAUGGGUGUUAGUUGAAAUUUAUGCAUCAAAUUGAUUAUAAACCAUAAAAGCUGACCACAGGCAGUGACUUGUGACAAGCGGCUCGGUCCAGGAAAUGUACACAAAAUUAGACCUGAUUGACGGUUUCAAAAACUGUGUUAAUGACAGUAGUACUGGAUGCUUUAAAAAAAUAUUUAACGCGAGCUUUAAAAAUCAUUGUAUGGAUAGUACAUCUCUGCUGUAUGGGAUACAAUGUAGUUUUGAAUCCAUGCUGGUUCUGAUGGUUCUUUUUACUCUGUAUCUGCAAAGGCACACGUGGUCCUAUUGUAGUUUGUCCUUCAUCAUUACUUUACUGCGUAGCGUCUAGACAACUCGUCCUUCCAGUGGGAGAGGGGCAGGAAUGUGAGUCACAGUUCCUACCCUACAGAUCUUAUGAAAGAGACCAGUUUGGUACUAAUUAUGAGCAUUUAUUAAACAAAACUUUUUUUUUUAAUUACAAGUUGGAUUUUUUUUUAAUUGCAACUUAGAAUUUGAUGUUUAUUUUAUAAAGCACUAUAAUUUUGUAGCUGAUGACAAAGGGCAGCCAAAAGUUUUUGAUAAAUCAGUGGCGACUGUAUUUUUUUUGUCUUUUGAAACCGUUCUGAAAACAUCAGGACGACCUAGCUUUCAACCCGACAGCACACACAGUAAAUUGUUGCUUUUUUAAUGCUGAAGCCUUAUCAGUUUUGCUUUCCAGAUUUCAAGCGUUUAAAAGAAUCUUAUCUAUGAAACUGUUUGAAGGAUGAAGCAGAUCUCUGACUGACGUGUAAAAAAAAAAAAAAAAAAAACCCUCUGAAGGGUGUACGGUGGAGACUUGUGUUUCUGAAUUCAGUAAAAUUGAUUCCUAAGUAUAUUAUCCUAACCCUGUUUGCUACAGUUGGUAUAAAAAGGCAUGAAAUAUGUACUCAAUACCUCUUAUGUAACCAAAAACAUUUUUUUAUUAGCUUUUAAGGACUGAGAGAGAGCAUCAGGUUCACCCGGUGUGCACUCUGCCUGCAUUACCCAUGAAGUCCUCAAUCGUUGAAUACUUUGAACUGACAUUAUUUAUAAUCUAUGAAUUUAAUAUCUUUCUUGAAAGACAUUAAUAAUUCAGGUCUCUGAGAGGAACCUUCAAUUCCCAAGGGGGCUUAUCUAUUGGGGAUCUUAAAUAAGAUCCUUUUCCAUCUACCAGAGUAGAGACAGGCAGAAUACAUUUUAUCUGGUUGGAAAGAAGGCAAGUGAAAAGGUCAGAGAUGAAGUAGUAAAGUCACGGUCAAUAGUGGAAGGAUACUAGUUGGGAAAUGGAAACAGACAAGUGAUAGUACCCCAAAAGCAAGACAAGCAGGAUGGUAGGAGAGGUGCCCAAAAGAACAAAGCAACGAUUUUCUACUACAGCUUUUAUACCAAAAGACUCUGUUGUAGAAGAAAGGGCUUCGGUGCACUUUAUGGGGAAGGAGGAGGGGAAGGGCUGGUGUCGCCCUGUCCAAGCUGACGCUGAGCGUGUCUGUGGGCAAGAGCAUAAGCCUGCUGUGCUUCCAACACAGGGAAGUGAUUUCUUUUUCCUGAAGGACCCAUGGUAUAUGUUCUGAUUCCUUUUCUCUCUCUAAGCGCUCUGAGAGAGAUCGGGGUAGAUGUUUUGUGUUUGCUACUAAAUAAGGGAGCACUAUUUCUUUUUCUCUUUUGUGAGCAAUAAUUGCAAAAAGAGUUGUACAUUCUUUCUAAGAAAAACAAAAAACAAGGGACCUAACAAAACUGAGCAGUGUUACUGUAUUUUUUAAAAAUAUUUUUAUAGACUCCUUUUCAGGUUAUUAAGUGUAAAAGAAACAGAUACCCCUCUUUUUUAAAGUAGUUAAAACAUCGGUGAUUUGUAUUAUCAAUUUUUAGAAGUAAUUUCCUAGUAAGCUGUGGCAUUAUAAAACACUAGAAGAUUUUUUUUUAGUGAAAUUAGUUGAAACAUUUAUUAAUGAACAUAACAAAUAUUUUUCCAGAAUGAAAUAUGAACCAUGACUACGUGUUUACUAAUAGACAAAGCCAGAUGUAAUUUUUUUGUUACGUUUUUAAGGCCAUAAAAUACGGCCUUUGUUAAAGAACACUAAAGCUAGAAAUCUGGAAGUAAGAACAACUUUUGAAAGGGUUUUUACUAUUAUUGUAAGUGUAAAAACCCCUGCCGAAUUCAUGAUAAGGUGCUAUUUAUAUUUCUUAUUAUAAAAGAACUGCCAGGAUAUCUCGUCUUUUCAGUCCUAAAUCAGUAAAUUUCAACAUGUCAUCUGAUAACUUUGCCAUGGAAAAGACAUAUUAAAAAUUGAAAUGGAAAAACAAUUUCAGAGAUCUUUCAUGCAAGGUAUCGAUAUCCUGACAGAACACAUUUUCUUGAAGUAAAUACAUUGUCAAAACCUGUUUGCAAUUCUACUAAGUCCAAGUAAUUGUUAGUGUUUCACCAGAGUAUUUAGGAUGUGAGAUGCCAUUUCUUUCACUGAUUGUACAACAUGCGGGAAGCACGUAAGACAGAGUAAAACACUUAGUGCGGGGGGUUGCUCUUGACCCCGGCGUGGUAGAAAAGCUCUCUGUAGAAGGUGAGAGAAGUGUUGCUAAUUAUAAGUUGUGUUCUUAACAACAAAAUUAGAAAGUAACUUCUGAAAGUACAACUUUUAUGAAAAAAUAAGCUGUUAAAAAAAGGAAAUUGUAGAUUAAUUUAAUUGGGAAAAUGGGCGAUUGACAAGAGACCGUUUCCCUAACACACUACAUCAUUUAUGUGCUAGUACUUUUAACUUUUUAAACAAAUUUACUUCUACGUUUUGUAAUAUGACAUAUGUGUGUUUAUUUUUAAUUUAGAAUGGUCUGCCUGCAGAAGGUAUGCAGCCAAAUCAAUCAUAUCAAACCAUUUUACCUGGAGUUUGGUACUGGUUUUUACUUCUCUGAUUCUGUAUAAGAAAAAUAAAUACAAUUGAAUUUCCA